AUGUGUGCUCGAGACGUGGUGUUUGUUUUGUUUACUACAAUUGUCUUAGCUCUAGCUCAGCCACGACUACCAUUUGCAUUUACGCGCGUAUUAGGUGGUGCGCCAACAACAAUCAGCCAAUAUCCUAUAUUGGCUCAACUACUCUUAGACCCUUGGGCCACUAAUCAGUACAGCCAGCAUUGUGCAGGAGUUAUUCUGACUUCUCGACAUGUUAUAUCUACCGCUCAUUGCUUCCAAUACAAUGAAAAUACGGGAAGAAAUUACACAAAACCAUACCACUGGAAGGUGCGCGUGGGAUCAUCUUACCGCACUAGAGGUGGAGUGUUACAUAGGGUAAAGAACAUAAUACCUCAUCCCUCAUUCGAUAAGUAUUACUACAAGAAUGAUGUGGCAGUUCUAGUGGUGGCUACACCAAUUACGAUGACCAAGUUUGCAAGACAAGGCACUAUAACAAAACCAGGUACUGAUGUUGCUGCCAGUUCCUUGUGUACGCUAGUAGGAUGGGGUGCGACUCAGCGUGGUGGGCCACAGCCAGAUCAAUUGCAAUACACAAUGAUGGUAACAAUAGACCAACAAGAAUGCAUUAUUCGGUACAACACGAUCGGAGCGGUUGUAACAGAUUCUAUGUUCUGUGCUGGUAAUCUAGAAAUGGAUGGCAUAGACGGAUGCUAUGGUGAUUCCGGAGGACCUCUAAUUUACAAAGGAGUUGUCGUUGGACUUGUGUCUUUUGGAUUCGGCUGUGGACUACGCUACUAUCCCGGAGUUUACACUAAAUUGUCCCAUUUCACAGAUUGGAUUAUUAAAACUAUUGCUUCUAAUAAAUAA